CCUCCCUCCUCACGCGAGCGACCCCGUCUUCGCUGAUCGUCCUUCUUAUGAGUCUAUGUGCCAAUCGCACUGUUGGUGUUGUUAUGCCAGCUGUCUUAACAACUCUCGUGUACUUUCUGUGCUACCUAUUGUCCCCCACGCAAUAUCAGUGCAUCCCCCUCCCUUCGAGGCCAUCUCGGUGCUGCCAUCCGGCCAUACAGCUUCGAACUAUUAGCGAAACGUUUGCUAUGUUGUAACAACGCUUAAUCAAUUCGAUCUCGACCUCGCUCUCCUUUCAAGUAAACGGAAAAAAGCGACGCUGGAUAGUCUCUAGUUCAUUGUUCUCGAUCUUGGAGUAUCUAUUAACGGGCACAAUACGACCUGUGAAGGACCGUCACUGCAUACCCAUACACCAACUUGUAACGGCUUCUCCUGCUCAUUUCAACAUGGCCAACAACACAUCGGGGGUCAACCUUUGCCCUCCGCCGUUUUGGGAUGCCGCGUUAUUCCCUUCUGAGGGCGGAUUUGUCGAUGGGCGCCUCUGCCAAACAAGAGCAACUAUCCAAUGUUGUCUGCCUUGUCCAAUGACGGAUUGGGUCUACCCCGACCGCUUCGACACCUUGACGGCGGUUGCGAACUGGGUUUCGCUCUUCAGCCAGAUUUGUUGUAUCUUUCUUCUUUUAUCAUGGGCAUUCUUGCCUGUAGAAAAGACCAACCGCCAUUACCUGAGCAUCUGUCUUACAGUCGCCAUCUUGCUUAUGAAUAUGGGUUUCGUGAUUCCUCUUGCAGCACAACCAGAGCAAUGCUACAACACGAUCACUCCGCAUAGCAUGCAGACUAGCAAGGUCUGUGGCGCUUCAGGUACCUUUCUCCUUCUUGGUGGAUGGGCAGGUAUCAUGUGGGUGUUUCUCAGGUCGGUAUCGCUUCACCUACAGAUAUGCUGGCAAGUUCUCGUUGGCAAGAACUUCAUGAUCUUUGCUCAGGCAGCUGGAUGGGGCGUUCCUAUCCUGGGUAUAACUCUGGCUCUCGUCUUUAGCGGCGUUUCGUUCCGUUUUGGUGCAACAUGCCAUAUCAACCAUGAGAACAGUCUGGCCGACUUUUGGAUCCCGCUUCUCCUGUUCGCUGGACUGACCGUUAUUAUUACUUUCGCCACCUUUGGUUAUUGUAUCAAGGUCUACUUGGCAUCGUUGUCUGACAAUGGCGCAUCCUCCGAGGGCUCUAGCUUGCCCACCUAUACACAAAGCAUCAAGACCAUGAACCCAAGGCAGGUCUACCGUCGAGUUCGUCGAGUUAUCGCACUGCAAUGGCGUGGUAUUGCCAUUGUGCUCAUCAUCAUUGCUGAUGUCAUCUUUUUCUCUGUCGUUUUUGUAUUUCAAGACAACGUGGUUCAGUCUGUUGCCGACGAUCCCACCAAAGCAGGCGCUUUCGUCGCAUGCCUCUUCAAAGAAAAGGGCAAAAAGGAACCUUGUCUAGAUGAUGCAUCCUCUCUGGUCAUCAACGAAGCGACUGUCACGGCUGUCCUCCUUCUCUUGGCGCUGAAUGGUCUCUGGCUGAUCCUCUUCCUCGGAAGAUGGUCAAUGGUUCAAGGCUGGAUUGACUUGAUCAAGAAGCCAUUUACCCGAAACAAGAAGGAAUUUGUGUCGGUCGACGCACGCGUUGACGUAAAGAACCAUCCACGUUCGUACGAGAUGCUCUCAAGAGAUUCGAGCGCGGCAGUAACACCCAUUACUCCAGUGAAAUCCCCAGAGAGUGGACGCAGAACUCCUGAUUACUUCGGUUCGACUGCACGCUACCAUGCGCCAGUGCGUUCGUUUUCGAGCCCCAGGCCUCCGCCUACUGGGCGGGAGACGGGAGAUUCAUAUCCGAUGCCGACUUAUAGCAAAGAGAUGAACCCCCUUGCCAUGAACCGAACAUGACGAGAGGUGACCGCACAUACGAAAAGAGUCAAGAGGAGACUACUAAUGCAUGAAUGUACUUACAUAUAAUCUAUAUACCCGCCGGGAAACGGCAGCGCGCAUGCUGGCUCGGAUGAUACCCAAAAAUAUGACGGCCGCAGAGCGAUCAAGACCGUCCGCCGCAAUUCCUAUCCAUAUCAGGCUUAGGAGAUUGACGCCAACGACUGCAUUUACUUUGUUAAGCAAACUUGAAGGAUGGAAAUGCCCAUCAAUGCGACAGCGAGGUGUUUGAACUUUUGCAAUUCGACACGGGAAAAUAAAGGAGGAACGGCAAUUGAGGAAGAUGUCAACGUGACGAAUCAGCCGACCAGACUCAUGACGAAAAGCAAAGGAAGAAGGGGGAGGAAAUGUAAUGGUGAGUCUGUGACUCCAUAUAUAGAAUGGCAUUGUCUCAGACAUUCGUCCUUCCGCGGGAAUAUGCAUGGAUGGACGGAGACGAGACGACUUAGAGAUGCCGCGUGCGGGCUGGUUCAUGGUGCCAGUGUUGCAGCAGAUCGAGUGCGACCCCAGACAAAAGCUGGGAAUGGCAAAAACAAAAGCUGAUCUGAAUCAUGGAGGUGCUAGGCCGGGCAAGUACCGGAAGCUGCGGAUUCAGCAACACUCACUCAAUGGAGUUAUGCGGGCACCGAGAACGAAUCGUCGUGUUCGAGUUCGGCGAUACGGGCUUUUAUGAAGAUGCCAAGCACCGCCGUGCGAUCUUCCCUGAUCUGGGUUGUUUGGCAUGCGCCUGAUCAUGACAUUUCCAUAGCUGAUGCGGACUACAAGCUGUCAAUUACUUACUUAUUAAUAAUGUCAAGCUACAUGCAAAGAUGAGAAAAUCCG